CUUAACCAUUUGAGAGUAAAGCAAUCAUGGGUUCUUCUUCUAGAAAUCUUUAUGCAGGAAUUGGAGAAGGUCAAUCAACCUCUAGGCCGCCGCUCUUUGAUGGCACCAACUACACAUAUCGGAAAGAGCGGAUGAGAAUUUAUAUUCGCUAAACCAACUUUGAGUUGUGGUUGGUCAUCAAGAAUGGCGAGGAAACUCCGAUGAAGAAGGUCGAUGAAAAACUCGUCCCAAAGACCGAGGACGAAUUUGAUGCCGAAGACAUCAAAAAGGUGGAGAACUACGCCAAGGCAAUCAACAUGUUGUACUGCGCGGUCAACCUAGAUGAUUAUCGCAAGAUCUCUUGCUGCACCACUGCCAAAGAAAUGUGGGACAAGCUGGAGGUCACAUAUGAAGGUACGGACCAAGUUCGGGAAGCCAAAAUUGACUUCCUAACGCAGGAGUACGAGAUGUUCAGGAUGAAGGAAGGCGAAAAGAUCGAUGACAUGUUCGAUCGGUUCUCAAAAAUCAUCAACGACCUUCACGCUCUCAAGAAGACGUACACCACCAAGGAUCUCGUGAGGAAAAUCCUGCGGAGCCUCACACCCGAAUGGAGAUCAAAGGCUGACGCAAUCUACGAAUCCAUCGGAGUCUCCAAUGUCACCAUCGACGGGCUAAGAGGUAACCUCAAAACUUAUGAAUCCACUAUUCUAACCCCGUCUUUGGAUGAACAAAAGAAGAAGGGAAUAGCACUGAAAGCAACCAAGGAGACCGUGGAAGAUGACUCAAGCGAUGAUGACAACGAGUUCGGACUCAAGGAGCGGCAUGAGAAGAAGAACUCUGAGGCAUGUAAGGCGCUAGAGCUUCCAUGGACGGUGUUUCCCAUUGCUUGCCAUUACCAACAUCUUGUUCAAGUUAUAACCAUAUGUGGCCUGUUGGAGUUGAAUGUGGUCGAAGGAAGAUUGGAGGAUUUGCAAUGACUCAAAUAGCAUAGGCAAGGUGACCUUUUUACUUCGUGAAGCUACACGAGAAUGAGAAGGGCCUGCUUCCUCACGUUCCUCCUCAGUAUCAAUCUUGACUCUCAUUACCGUCGCCCUCUUGAUCCUCCAAAAAGCUGUCUCAGAGUCCGAUUCGGUACUAAGAAAUUCAAACCCCUUUG